CCGCUUCCUCCCGGGAUCCAAGAUGGAGUCGCUGAGUAAAGCGGGACAGGAGAUGAGCCUGGCGGCCUUAAAGCGGCACGAUCCCUACAUCACCAGCAUCGCCGACGUGACCGGCCAGGUCGCGCUCUACAGCUUCAGCCCCAAAGCCAACGAGUGGGAGAAGACUGACAUAGAAGGUACCUUAUUUGUGUACAGAAGGUCAGCUUCUCCCUACUAUGGUUUUACGAUUGUGAAUCGACUGAAUAUGCACAACCUAGUUGAGCCAGUAAAUAAAGACUUGGAAUUUCAACUGCAUGAACCUUUUCUUCUUUACAGAAACGCUAGCUUGUCUAUUUACAGUAUCUGGUUUUAUGACAAGAAUGACUGUCAUCGAAUAGCAAAACUCAUGGCAAAAGUGGUACAACAAGAAGCUCAAAGAUCUCAGCAAGUUUCACAUGACAGAAAGAGUCCCAGCAGAACUAAUGGUUGCAGUGAAAACAAACCCAUUGAUAUCCUAGAAAUGCUUAGCAAAGCCAAGGAUGAAUAUGAACGAACUCAGAUCAGUGACUUAAGUAUUAUAUCAAGUUCUGGAAUGCAGCAAAAUGAAAAUCCCACGAAGACAGAAAGCAUGGAAACUUCAGAACAAACAUCUUCAACGUUACAAAUGCAAGACCAGCCAUUCCAGUCAACGCACAAACAUCUGACAGUGGAAGAAUUAUUUGGAACCUCCUUGCCAAGGGAACAACCAACAGUUUCAUAUCCCAAUCCAGACAGAAUGGAGAAGUUGCAAGCUGACACUACAGGCAGAGAGCACAACUUAUUCUUACCUUUUUCACUUGAGCAAUCAGCAGUGACACACCAACCAUUGCGGAAACCAGAGAGUACAAGUGUCAAAAACAAUGGCAGUACUUUGAAUCAGCAAGAGCGUGUAGCACCCAUGCUGAUUGCUCCAGCUUCAGUUUUGCAGCCUGACGUAAAGAAUGUUUCAAACUAUACAGUUCAGUUAAGCCCUAUUCUUAAUUCAGCCUCAACAACAGAAGCUCCUUCUGCUCAGAUACUUCCCAACCUAAACUCAAACAGUAAUAUAAUGCAAGUUAUGCAUCAAGCUGCUAAACAGAUGUCCCCACUUAUGAAUCAGACACCAUCUGAUGUGAAUCACACGCCACAAAACCUAAUUGCUGGCCAAAACCAGUUCAUAGCACCUUUGGCAGCAACUAAUACAGGAAAUGCUUCAAAUACACACCUUCCAAAUGUUGACCUUCUCCAGAAACUCAGGUUGACCCCACAGCAGGACCAAAUACAACAGUCUCUUAGUAAAACUACCAUGGCACCUAGCAUUUCAUCCACAGUUAGCCAGCUUGCAACACCAGAAAGCUUCAAAGAAUCCCACACCAAACCAGCAUCACUGAGUAGCAAAAUAAUCACACCACUUCAGACCAUACAGCAAAACAAGGAGCCAGAUGUAUUUUCACAACCCAAGGCUUUGCCAAAAGCCAGCCAAGUCGCACCUCCACAGUUUGUUACAGCCACAACUACAGUGACUCCUUCAAUCCUCUUGUCUCCUAGUGUUUUCCAGCAGUCAGCUACAAAAUCCACUGAAAUGGAGAGUAAAGCCAGUUCCUCUUCUCCUCUAACACUUGGAGCAACAGAAAUUCAGACAAUGCCUCCUACUGUUCUCAGUAGGUCUCAGCUCCAGGAAACCUUAAUACAUCUAAUAAAGGGGCAUGAACUCACCUUGAAAUGGAAACUGCAAGCAUUCUGAUUAAUGAAUUAGAAAGUUUCAAUGAAAUGAUUCCAGUUUUCUCAGUACUGUUCAUGAAGUCUACUUGCAAGUCCUGACCAAGAAUACAGACAUCAAACUAUAAUUGAAGUUAAUUCAGUUCAACUGACAAUAUGUCUGCUUCUGAAACAAUUAUGCCUCAUCUAUAAAGCUGUAAUAUUUUUUUAAAAAGAAUAUUUAGUUUUCAGUGUCUUGAAUUUUGAACCUGUUGGGAAAGACUAUUCCUUAAAAAUGCUUCUAAAAAGUAAUCUUCUCAGAAGUGAUCUAGGUUUCACUGUGAUCAUCACCAGCAAACCUUUGUUUCUAAGGAAAAAUUUAGUUGCAUAUGAGCUUUCAUUAGCAUUAAGUGAAUGUGCAAAUGUUUUCUCUGACUUUUUUUUCUAGCUAUCUUCAGUACUAAAGAGUUAAGGGGAACAGUGCUGUUUUUAACCUAUCAGGUGUACAGUACACUACACAGAUCAGAACAAAACUCAGUUGUAAAACCCACUUCCAGUUCUGAGGGCUUUGUAGAGGCUGGGGAGGCUCAUUUAUCGUAAUAAACUGGUUGAUGGCAGAUGUGCAUGUAGUAAAAGAUACUGCAGUCAGGCUUGGAGCUGGGUGCCCUUAAAGCUAGAUGUUUGAGGUAGGGGUUAAAAAUACUUUUGCCCAUUCCUGAGCAACAAACAGCCUUUACCCUGUAACUGUUCUGUUAGUUUUUGGCUUUGCAUCUUUGGUGUCCAUUGAAAUAUGCUUGGUUUCUCUAAAAAGAUUGAAUCCAAAGUGUGCACGAUCCUAGGCUAGGGCAAUCAUGUGCUCUUUAAGUAACAGCCUGAUUUCUGUAAAUUUUUAAAAUCAGAUCUGGGGAAGAACAUCACUCUAAGACUAUUAUUUUCCUAUUCCCUGGGACUAUAUAUGAUAUUUGAAAUACAUUGUUUCUGUUCAGCUAAGGAUGAGCCAAUGCCAGAAUUGAGUUUCAUUAUUCACUUGUGUUGGCACUGUAGUGUUGAAAACUAUACAGAUGCGGAAAAAUUGCAAACUGACCCCUUGCCUCCAAAAUUUUUUUCACGUUGUGUAGUACUGCGUUGUGUUUAGUUGAAAAGUGAAUGCUUCUUACAUAUGGUUUAUCAUUUCAGUAUUUACCAGUGUAAGAAUCCGACGACUUCAUGUCUCCCCAUUUGAAGUCAGAAAAGAAUCCUUAAUGAUAUUUUACUAUGCUGCUAUUGGUCUGUCUGUGACUUAUAUUUAUUUCUAUAUGGCAUGAAAAGGUACUUAGUAAUACUUUAAAGUAGCUCUCAGUUGAUUCCAGUAAUACUAAUUUUAAGGAAUGGUUUUUGAGUAGAGAGGUCUUGGCAUAUUUGCUAAUGGAUAAUUUGUAGUAAAUUUAACCAGGUAGGAUGCUUUGCUUAUUUUUUCCAAGCACUAUUGCAAUGAAGAAGAAACGAGUUUGUUUGGCUCUACAAAAUAGAAUAUCCUAGGGAUUAGUUAUAAUAAUGUUGACAUAGUCAAGGGUUCAGGGUCACUUCAUUGGAAAUGAUCAAAUAAGCUUUAAUUGUGACUCCAUCACAAAGCAGUGGGUUUCUUCUAGUUAUAACAAAAUGUUUGUUUGCAUUUUUCAUGUCUAAUAAUUGUUUUAGUUUGAACUUUGUUUUUGAAUAGAAAAGAUUUUUGUUUAGCAAAAUUUGCCUUCUGAAGAGUUUUUCAGCCUUUGAACUCAGUGUUUUUAAUUAAAAAUAUUUAGUAUUUUUAUGUUAGUAUGCAGAAUUCAGGGAAACAUACUAGUGAUCAUGUGUAUUUACCAAGAAAUAUAUUAACAUUAAUGGUAGCAUUUGAAUUCAGCAACAAAGACUUUCUGGACUUCGUAAGGAAGAAGGCGACCUAGUCACAUACUAGAAUUAUAAUAGCAUGUGCAUGCACAAAGCAAUGUAAAUUUGAUUAGUUUAUCUAAACCCAUACACCUGAUCCAAAUCAAACUUGUGAGGGCCUUUUUGGAGGAGAAAGAAUAGGAAAAAAUGCCAAACUAGAGAGAGGUGCUUUUGGAUAUAGUCCUAGUGGACAAUAACCAAGACCCUCAAGUAGGUGUCUUUCUCUGGCUUCAGCAAAGACUGAAGCAGUAAUUUUCUUGACUUUUAUGAGCAUUUCUACUAGCUUGAAAAGGAGGAUGGAUGGAUGGAAGGAGGAGUUCCCAAGUAUAGAAAUGAGAAAAGGAGCUACUGAGAUGAUACCAAUUACAAACAUUUCUGUUAACUUUCGGUUAAAUACAGACUCAUGUUUAAAAUGUCAUAUCCAAAGAUUUAUAUAAAUUAUGGGACACUAAGAUUUCCCUCAUAUGGAUUGUACUUUCAUUUUAAGUCUAAGUCAUGAACAGUUGAUAAUAAAGGGAAUGUUAUUUUAAGUAGCAACAACAUUACAAGAGUUUGAUUAUGAUUUAAACCCCAACAUUUUACAUUUUUGUUUAACGUGCUUGUGUUAUAACUGUCCAGGAACCUCAACACGAUGUUGGUAGAUCCAAGUUCUCUUAAUUUUUAUAUUCUGCUAAUCUGAAAAAGUGUCAUCUUCCCAGCUUGCAGAAUGAAUUUAAAUCACCGUGACUAAGCAAGCUUUCUAAUGAGUACAACUGAUUUCUGUUCACAUUGAAUUCUUACUCACAUUUACUCCACCUGCUGUAUGUAUAAACAGACGCACACUGGGAGAACAGGAGUAUCCUGCAGGUGCAGAGUGCCAUGAUAGUGCUUUUUGUAAUAUGACAAAAUUUAACAGAUAAACCUCUUUAAUGAAGAACUGCAUUGUAAAACAAGCUCUGCUGCAACAUAAAACUGGAGAUGUUUUAUAAUGUGGAAGUUGUUUGACAGCUUCAUUCUGGUUAUUUUGAACUUUUGUAUUCUAAAAUGGUCAAGUUCGUUUCAUUGCUUGAUUCAUGUUAGCUGCAUGUACUGAUAGUUAAUGCAUAGCUCGUUACCAUGGGUCAUCACAGCAACUUAACAUGAUCAUUUAAAGUGGCUUUUUGUUUUGGUAAAACUACUACUUAAUGUGAUUGUACCCAUUAGUUCUGAGAGUGAAAACAAUUAGUUUAGACUAUAUUCCCAAAAUUAAUUAUUUGUCUAAGCACGUGUUUUCUGUGGUCAAUGUUAAGUCACUUUAAAAAUUAUAACCUUCUAAUCAAAGAUGGUUUUAAGAUUUACAGCUUUAUUAUUCACA